CACUGCCCUCAGCACCUUCUCCAAUGAAAGGCUCACAGGGGGGCAUAGAGAGGAGCCCAGGGGAAGAAGAAGGAGGGAAAGUUGGAGCAUGAGCUACAGUCUAAGUGCCAGCCCCUCCGGGCCUCAUCAAAUGGAGCUGGAGGAAGAGCCUAUGGCCUCUGGGCUCCAGGGCUCCAGAAAAAGUAAGACCCAAGGAGACUCCUGCACAGCAAGCGAUAGCACUGUGAGUGAAAACGAGGAGGAGAAACCUAAUCAGGAAGAUCUUGAGCAGGAUGAGUUAUCGCGACCAGCUGAAACCCAGAGUCCUGGCUGGGGGAAAGCCAGGCCAGAAAGGCAGCAGAGAAAGAAACGCACUAAAUCUGCUCAUCAAGCAAGAGGAUCUAAGAAACUAAAAGUCACCCUUAAUCAACAGAAACCCUCCAGGGAAGAGAGUCCCUAUAUAUGUACAGAAUGUGGAAAAAGCUUCAAGGGGAGCUCGACCUUCUUGAACCAUCUGAAAAUCCACACAGGAGAAAAGCCCUUUGAAUGUCCUAAGUGUGGGAAAAGCUUCAGCAGGAAGGCAAACCUUGUAGUACAUGAGAGAAUCCAUACAGGAGAGAGACCCUAUAAAUGUAAAGAAUGUGAGAAAAGCUUUGGCCGGAGCUCAAAUCUAAUUGCACACCGUAAAACCCACAUGAAAAAGAAAUCCUAUGCUUGUGCUGCAUGUAGCAAAAGCUUCACUUGCAGCUCAGCCCUUGUCCAGCAUCAGAAAAGCCACACAGAAGAGAAACCUUACAAAUGUACUGAAUGCAGGAAGAGCUUCCGCCUGAGCUCAAACUUCCUUAAACAUCAGAAAGUCCAUGUGAGAGAGACAUCCAGUGAAUGUGCAACAGUAUGUCAUGAGGAACAACAAAGUGGUGGCACAGAGCAAGUAGCUAUGGACCAGUCAAGACUUAUACUUGAAGAGUUGAGGAGAAUGAGGGACAACAUGGAUAUGCUUCUUCUGAAUCAGCAAAGUCAGCUACAGGUCCUUCAAGAGAUUCAGAAACAGCUGAAUGUCCUCCUCCCAGGCAAUGAUCUCAUUAAUUCAAAUGUGUACAGCUUGGGACUUCUGUUGGGGCAGCAGGCAGCCGCUAUGGCCUCUUUGCCUUUUCCCCUUCUUCUUAACCCCAGUAACCUUCUCCCAGAAAACGCCCGGCCUUUUUCCUCUCAGGUUUCAUCCCAGUCAUCUACUUCUGAAAUUCUCGCUACCACACAACCUCCAAUCUCUCAACUUCCUGCUGCUCCAACAACUGCCUGAUCCAGCCUCCUUGUACUGUAAACAUGGCAAACAAAAUGUUUAUAUAUGUACCUGUCAUUCUGAUUUACCCUGUCUGAGGCAAAUAUGGCUUUUAUAUUGUCGAGUUACAGUUGAGAGGCCUUUCAAGGGCUAUAGCACUGACCCUGCUCUUCAUCUCUGAGGCAUCCUUUACGAUGCAGUCAGUGAACAUAGGGGAUCAAAUCAAUCACACAUUUGCUUACUGUAGUAACUGGUUUAAUACCAAGGAUGGAUUUGUCCCAGGCAGCCUCUAUUAAUAAAGAGGUGCAUCUCCAUGAAGAACAUAAGUAGAGCAUCCUUAUCUGAGGUGCUCUUAGCUAAUGUGUCCCCAACUGUAUGAGGUGUAUUUAAGUGGCCCUU